AUGCAAUAAUAUUUAGAGGUUGGUUAUGCUUUGUCAAAUAGAGCCAGAUGUACAGGAUGCUUUUAAAAUAUUGCAAAAAAUGAAAUUAGAUUUGGGCAUGUUUUUGUGGCCCCAGGAUUUGGAUAUGACAAAAAACAUUGGUAUCAUUUGACAUGUUUAAAAUUCAUACCAAAAGGAGAUCGUAAUCAAGAUGUUCCUCUGAUUAACAUUCAUUGUUUGAAAUCAGAGGAUCAAAAGAAAGUCCAUGAUAGAUUAGAUUUCGUUAAAAAAAACUGUGGAAAAAAAUUUGCAAAAGAAUGUAAAUUAAUGGAAAAGCAAGAUGAUCAGUGUGAAUAUAUCAAAGCAGAUAAAGACAUCUUUUCAACUUUUAUUAAACAUAUGAGACACAAAUAAUAAAAGGAAUUAGGAGAGUUUUGA